AUGACCGACGUCUGGGAGACGGAGUACGAAUCACCCGGCCCGGCCUCCUCUAUGCCGGACCUGUCGCGCAGCGCAUCGCGCGGCUCACGCAAAUCCCGCCGCUCGCGCACGCCGCCCGGGAAAAAGGGCAAGUCCCGGUCACCACCUCCAGUGCCAGGCGAGAAGAGCUCCAAGCGACAAUCCCGCGAAAAAGAUGCUGCCCUGGACGAGAGCAUAAGUAUCCUCGACCCGCGCCGGUUUACGCCGACCCUGCAUGCCAGCCUAGUUUCAGAGAUACUCUCCCUGCGCCGGGAUCAGGAAGAGAAGCUGAAGCUGAUUGAGAGUUUGGAGUCCUCGCUGCAUGCGGCGCGCGAGGAGUCGGAGGCGCUGCAAGCGAGUUUGUCAUCUAUGGGCAAGGAGAGCCGCUCGUUGAAGAGACAACUGUCUUUGUUAGAGGGCGGUACCUCGUCGGCGUUUGCGGAGCUGGCUAAAGAACGUGAUGAGGCAGUUGAGUUGGUCAAUGAGACCAGGAAGCGGUUGGAGACGACACAAAAGAAGCUUAAGAGCUUGGAGGAGGACUCUGACCGCGUGCACAAGCAGUGGGCAAAGGAGAAAGAGGAGUGGGAAGAGGAAAAGAGGAAGUUGGAUCGCAGGGUACAUGUCGCCGAGACAAGGUUGAAAGCUGUGCUCGAGGAGGUCGCUGCCUUCCAGGCCGCGCAGGCCAAGGCACAGGAGAGCGACGGCGAGGAAAGCGUCAAGGGCAGCGACACCGCCAGUGUGAGGACGCUCAGUCUGACGAAUAGCAUUCGCUUCUCGGUCGCGGCGAGCAUGAUUAAGGCGAAUGGCGCGUCGUUGGCGGAUGAGCUGGGGAAUCUGGAUGAGGAUAGUGAUUAUGGAGGAAGGGAGAGUGUGCUCUCGAAUGGGACCAACUUCCGGCAUUUCAGUCGGGACAGUUAUGCAUCAAGACACCAGCGCCAGCUCAGCAGCGACAGUGUUAUGCGCGUUGGGAGCGUUACGAGAGGAAAGCUGGUGUUCAACCCGGCUGCGCUGGAGAAGCUGGAGAGCGCCGUCAUUAAGAAGGCGGAGGAGCCGGCUCCCAGGCCGGUGUAUGUUGAUACCGGCAUUCAGUACUCGCCGCCGCCGUCGCCUAAGGCUUCCCCCGUCUCUCCCAAAUCGCCUGUCUCGUCUAUCUCGCCUCUCUCACCCCCGAAGCCGGCUACCCCGCCGGAGAAGACGGCUACGUCGUUUGUGCAGCGUGUGGCUAGGCUCUUUGACGUUGACAGUCCGCCGCGGUCAGAGACCCCGACGCCCGAGGUCGAGGCCAACCAGCGUAAGAAGCGUGUGCACAUCGGCCACUCGCCGCUGGCUAUCAAGGCGAAGGAGAUGCCCGGCUUGAUGGUCAACGGUUCGUGUCAGACUAUUGAUGAGCCGCUUAGCCCGCCCAAGACGCCACGCAUGCCCGUGCCCUUCCAGGAGCCGACGCCUGCGCCGACGCCCGCGCCGACGCCCAAGGCCGAGAUGGUAUCGGCUUCGACGCAGACCGAGGAUGUGCCUGUACCGCUGACGGCGGCGAAUCUGGCGAUGGGGUUGCCCAUUCCGACGAUCAGCAUUAUUCCGCCUUCGAGCAGGCCGAGUACUCCUGGCAGGGAGCAUCUCCUGCCGCCGUUGUGCAAGGACUUUGGGUGCCAGGUUAGUCUGCCGGCUGUACCGUAUGUCACGUCGGGCAUGCAGACGGAGGAGAUUAGGGUUGAUUUGAGACUGGCGAAGCUGCCUCCUCAUCUUCAUCCUUCUGCUAUCAAGUCCAGACCGUCAUCCCCGGCCGCCGAGGUCGCCGAGGGCGAUGAGACCAAACAAUUCUCCCCCGUCCCGGGCAACCUGCCCCCGAGAAAUCCGCGCCGCCUGGCCACCAAGCGCAGCUUCACCUCCGACGCGCCCGUCUCCCCCCCGUUGGCGUCGCCGGCCUCUAUCUGGUCCAAGGAUUCCACAACCCACGACAUGUACCCCGGCAACAACGACGACGGACCCUUAUCAUCCCACGUCCGUGCACCGAUACGUCGUCCCCCAAGGAUCAGCUCCCUCUUUGCGGGAUUUGGUGAUGACUCGGAUGAUGGGGAUGAAUUUUUGGCCGGGGACGCGGAUGUGUCUGACUCAGAGUGGAAGACUGCGUUGUCGGCGCCGAGGCCGCAGAAUGGAAGUGUGAAGGCAGGGAAGAGGAGUUCCAUGGGGUCAGUGUCCGAGACGUUGUCGCCUAAGGCACAGAGCGCGAGGUUUGUGAAGGCGUUGGAAGAUUUGGAUUCGCUUGAGGAGGAGGGUAUGGGUGUGGCGAGGAGGAGUUCGUCGAGGAGGGGAAGGGGGGCGUCCAUGCUUACUUCUGGCGGGGCGAAUAGGAUGUCGGGCAGCUAUAUGAGGAAGACGGCGCUGAUUCAGAAUGGCAUCGCUACUCAUGCUAGGGCGAGGAGUCCUAGUCUGACGGACCAUGCUCGCGAGCCGCCCUUCCCGAUUCCGCAGAGGGCGAGUAGUAGGGCUAAGCCGCCUGUUAGUUGGACUGCGCCUGCAGCGGAGGUCAGGACCCCCAGCCGUGGCUCGGAUGCUUGGACUAGGAGGAGCUCGAUCCGCAGUCAUUAUCGGGCUGGGAGCAUCCGAAAGGCGAGGACGGCGGGGAUCGGGGUGCGCACGAGGCCGAGGAGGAGGACAUCGCGCUCGCCGCCACCGUUCUCGCCUGCCGCGAGCAGCGCACUGGAAAGUCCGGGUCUGCCGCCCAUGAUGAGCGAUUACGGUGGUUCCUUGCCUGCGACAAGAGACGGAUGGUCGCGCUGGAGGGGCCAUCGCUCGCAGCCGAGCACGACGACCGCUACGACGGGGGAUACCGGGUCUGCGUCGCAUGCUGGGUCGUGGAAUGCUAGCGGAGGGCAGCCGACGACGGUGGUGGAUGCCAUCGCGCAGACGAUGGUUGGCGAGUGGAUGUUCAAGUAUGUCAGGAGGAGGAAGUCCUUUAGUGUGGGUGAUGGAAACCGCGAUGACAGCAGCAACGACCGGCAUAGGCGGUGGGUGUGGCUUGCGCCGUACGAAAGGGCCAUUUUGUGGUCUAGCAAGCAACCCACGUCGAAUAAUGCUUUGCUGGGGAAGGCGGGAAGGAAGCUCGCGAUUCAGUCAGUGCUGGAUGUUAAGGACGAUAAUCCGCCGCCGAAGGGGGCCGGACCGUUGUUUAAUCGGAGUAUCCUCAUCUUGACGCCGCAGAGGGCGUUGAAGUUUACAGCCGUCAGUGCCGAGAGGCAUUAUAUCUGGCUGACGGCGCUGUCGUUUUUGGCGCAUUCGAACCAGGCUAUUCCGGAGACGUUGGCGCUGCCUUUGCCGCAGCCAUAUCCGGCCUCGAACGCGAAGAGCGGGAAGCAACAGGAACGGAAGCAUCAGGAGCAGCAGGUUGUGCCCCCGCCGCCGGAAUACGAGCUGCCGAAGCCGAAGAGAAGACCGAUAAGAGAUUCGAUCCGGUUGACGAAGGCUAAGGCUGGGUUUGCGCUCAGCCAUCAUCAUGAUAAUAAGAAGGCGCAGCAACAGCAACAGACAGUACACGAGCAACCCUUGGCCUCGCCGGCGAUCCCGCCCCCGGAACCUUCGCCGACAAUUGACAGCGCGCCGCCGAGUAUCCCAACGUACAGGCCCCCAAUGCCAGACGUGUAUCAGUUGCCCGCUCAUGCAAGGGACAUGUCCCGCGACGCGGCCGAACCACCUUCUGUGCCUAGGUUCUUGGACAGGACGGCCAACUUGAUGCAUUAUCACUCCCCCGGGGUGGUGCAUGGCAGGAAGAGGAGUAACACCGGCGGACAUAUACCCCCGCCACUUUCCUUCCGUGGCUUCUCGGGCCCGAUGGGAGGCGGCACAGGGUAUCACACCGCGACGAACAGCACCGCUGGCUCGGAGGUGUUUAGCAAUUCGGGAUCUCUCACGUGGGGCACGACCGGUACGGGCACCGGCACAGGCAGCUUACGCACCGUGGAUACGUUCUCCUCGAGGAAUAACACUACCACCAUGAACAGCGGUAACGGGAAUAUGUUUGACGCAGUCGGCACAGUCCGCAUGGAAGCUUUCAUCUCCCCCCUCUCGUUCAGUCGCUACGAUCACCCCGAACCUUUAUCCCCCUACUCAAUGUCCAUGUCGGCCACAGAAUACGGCUACGAAAGUGACUUCACUCGGCUGGGCAGCAGCACAUUGCUCGCGCACAGACGCUCAAGAGAAUGGAGUCGACGUGCCGGGUGGGGGAGGGGCGCGCAUGUGAGUGAGAGAAAGAGGGAUAGUUAUCAGAGUAAAGAUGGAGAUGGGGAAGUUGUUGCCGGGGAGUGGUUUGUGGGGGAUCCAUUUGGGGGGUUUUAG